GGACCAGGACCCCCACCCGGGCUGGGCUGGAGACUGGAAUGGGGGUCCCAUCGCUCCCUCUGGGGCCAGGGGACACUGGGGGAAUCAUUUCGGGAAUGGGAUCCCCCGGGAGAGGAGGCAGGAUUCCCCCACGUGGGAUCCACUGCCCACCGGCACGGGCAGGGCUAAUCCUGACACCUCCUCCUCCCCCCCCAGAGCAGGGGAAGGACACCGGAUUACCCCCGGGGAAAGCAGGGAGGUAAAUAAUCCUAUUACCCCCGGGCAGGAUAAAUCUCCCUCCCCGAAAAGCCCCCCAGAGCACCCCUGGGACCGAGGGAGCCGGGCCGGGCGCAGGGAGCAGCUCUGGAAUCGGGAAUCGCGGCACUCUGGAGCACCGUGAGCUCCAGGGAACGCCGUGAGCCCCGGGGCUGUCAGCCCCCCUCCCCACAGCCAUGAGCCUGGAGCCCCCCAAGCUGGAGGUCAAAUCGGCCACGAGGGUGAGCGGGGGUCCUGCCACCCCCCGCAAGGGACCCCCCAAGUUCAAGCAGAGGCAGACGAGGCAGUUCAAGAGCAAACCCCCCAAAAAGGGGGUGCAGGGGUUUGGUGACGACAUCCCAGGCAUGGAGGGGUUGGGAACAGACAUCACCGUCAUCUGUCCCUGGGAAGCCUUCAGCCACCUGGAGCUGCACGAGCUGGCUCAGUACGGAAUCAUUUAGGAUUCGGGCAGGCUCACCAGCCCUGUAGCGCUGUGUAGGUCGAGGCCCCCCUGCCCACACUGGAGGAGAGGGGGGCUCAGUUUGGAAAAAUGCUCAUUAAACCCUAACGAGCACAAGA